AUGACCAACACUACGGUCAGCCCUCCGCCAGGGGAAUGGCAAUCUCCACAGCCAUCUAGCCACCGGGAGGCUGUGGUAGCCCACGAUCACGACCCAGCUCUGUCGGAAACCACACCACUACUUGCACACAGACACGAAGGCCUACAGGAGGACGAAGAUGAUUCCAUAGACUCGAUAUCUCAGCAGAAGAACCGUGGGCUGCGAUGGCCUACGGUGAUCGCACUCGUCGUUCUCUGUCUCUCAGUCAUUGCCAUUCUAAUUCUGAGAUUUGCCGCGCCAUCAAUGAUGAAACAAUAUGCCCAAGAAGCCACAGUUUUCAAGCCAACCGGCCUCUCCAUCACAACUUUUACUCCCUCUGGUAUAAAAACGAGGGUGCGUGGUACCGUUGUUUUGGACGCAUCUCGUGUGAAGAACCCAACUGUCCGAGACCUUGGCAGAUUUGGAACAUGGAUAGGGCACGAGGUCGAAUCUGAAAAAUCAGAGGUGGACAUAUAUCUUCCAGAGUAUGAAGAUGCUCAGCUAGCCACUGUUACUCUCCCUCCGAUCAAAAUUAAUAUUCGGAAUGGAUAUCUUAAUGAGAUCGAUUUUAUCGCAGAGAUUGCAACGGGUAAUCCCGAUGGAAUCAAAGGGGCCGUCAGUGACUUGAUUGAGGCCAAUAUCGCCCAAUUGAGCCUUAAAGGAAUGGCGAGAGUUCCGUUGAAAUCUGGUCUUUUGUAUUUGGGGUCACAAUAUAUAACAGAGACUGUGGUGCUGCGAGAUUUCUCCGUUCUCCCCGAUUUCAAUAUCACAAACCUGGACAUCCAUGAGAGUUCGGGCCCUGGAAAAUCGAAAGCCGUAGUUGCUGAUGUGGCCGUUGCAAUUUCUAAUCGGUACCCCAUCCAUUUGCAAUUACCACCAGUCGAGUUUGACAUAUUCGUCCCUAGCUGCACCCCCGAUGAAGCCUACAUUAUGGUGGCGAAUGCCACAACCGAUUCAGUGAAUAUUGAGCCAAGAAAACCUAUAACCAUAUCUAUGCAUGGCUUCGCCCCUAAGGUUCCGCAAAAGCUUAUUAGCAGCUGCCCUGGGACUACAGCAUCACCGCUUGAUUUAUUGAUAAGUAAGUACAUUCGUGGGCUCGUUACCACAAUUUACGUUCGUGGAGGAUCGAUGGUCUCCCCAACUGUCCCUCAGUGGUUACAGGAACUGCUGAAUAGUGUUACUGUUCCAUUCCCUUUUACCAGCCCAGGAUUUUCACGAUUAAUCAAACGCUUCUCGAUGAAGAACGUUCAGUUUUACCUUCCUGACCCAUUUUCAAAGCCUAAUACCCCAGAGUCUAUGCCAAAGGUUUCAGCUUUGGUGCAGGCUGUCGUUGGUUUACCAAGCCAUCUUAAUGUUCCUGUGAAUAUUUCACGAGUUCGUACUAAUGCUGAUGUGUUCUAUCAUGAUCACAAACUUGGCAUUAUCAACAUCAAGGAGUGGCAGAAUGCAAGAGUUCAACGAGCCGUGGAUGACGCGGAUGGAAACCCAAUAAUGGUAGUAGAGUUCGACAUUCAAAAGGCACCCCUGCAGGUUACAGAUGAGGAUCUCUUAUCCGAAGUCUUACAAAAAAUGCUCUUCGAACGCCAAGGUAUCCCCCUUCGAGUCGAUGCCCAUGUCGACGCAGAGCUGCAGUCAGCCCUUGGCGAGUUUAUCGUCCGAGACAUUCCUUGUGGUGGGAAUAUUAUUGUUCAACCACCAUACGGCUCCGGCUUUACUCUCAAUGAUAUAAAUCCUCAUAUGCAGUCUAUCAAAAUUAUUGAAACCACGAAGAACAGUGUACUCUCCCGGAUUACUGUGGAUUUCACCAAUCCAACCAAUUAUACUGCCCAUAUGCCCUACUUUGACAUUAAGUUGGUUCACAAUUCAAGUGAUGUUGCGCAUAUCAUCGGGCACAACCUUCAUAUACACCCAGGGCAGAAUACAAAAGUCGAGAUUGAUGCGCUGUGGAACCCCUUGGAAUCCGGUGGGAAAAACACAACCGUUGCCCUCAAGACCUAUACAAACACUAUCCCAUCACUUCCUCGACUUGGCGCAGCGUUGUCCAGGUUUGAAAUCGAAGUUCCUCUCCCUAGGCUACGCCUUCCUGGUCAGGGUGAUGGAAAUAGCGGACCGCUGAUCAAAGAUGCAACGGUAUUAUUUUCCCUUCUCCAGAGUUUUAACUCCUGA